CAUUUCUUUCACAUUUCCUUCUCUCUCUCUCUCUCUCUCUUCGAUCGAACGACAGAGAUCUGAGAACUCGAAGCACAAAGCGGAAGAAGUCAUGAGAGGUUAAGAAUUCUCGGGGGAGAGAACGGCGUCGUAUCGUACUGUGUUCGUUCAGGACAUGGCUGAAUCCUCGAAGGAAGACUUGGUGCAGCUCAUCAAGAGAUUUGGGGCUUACCUCACCCUCAAGAUGUCCAACCUCUUCUCGAUCUCCCUCGACAAUCUCGAUUCAAGAUCUGUUGGGGCUUUAGCAGGGCUUGCCAUUGCUAUACUCUUUACCUGGAGACUAAUGAGAUCGCCUGGUGGACCUCAAAGAAGGCAACCUAAACUGCAAACUCCUACACCUAGUAGUUCUGGCGUAAGUAAUCUUUCAAGUGCAAAUUUGCCAUCUUCUGGAGUUUGCUCAUCCCUAGAGGACGCACGAGCACAAAAUGUUAUUGAUGAGUUCUUCCAGCCCAUACAGCCGACUUUAGGACAAAUAGUUAGACAGAAGCUGAGUGAAGGAAGGAAGGUAACCUGCCGGUUGGUUGGUGUAGUCCUUGAGGAAACUACUCCUGAGGAGCUUCAGAAACAAGCAACUGUGAGAUCCUCUGUGCUGGAAGUACUGUUGGAAAUUACAAAAUUCUGCGAUCUUUAUCUCAUGGAAAGAGUUUUGGAUGAUGAAAGUGAAAAAAAGGUUCUCCUGGCCUUAGAAAAUGCUGGGGUCUUUACAUCGGGUGGCUUGGUCAAAGACAAGGUUCUAUUUUGUAGCACAGAGAAUGGGCGAACAUCUUUCGUUCGGCAACUGGAGCCAGAUUGGCAUAUUGACUCAAAUUCAGAAAUCGUCUCUCAGCUGGCGAGAUUCAUCAAAUACCUGCUCUAUGUUUCGCCCGUCAAACCUGAGAGGACUGCUGCAAACGUGUUCAGCUCUCCAUCAUUGGAACAGUUCUUCGGAUGCAAUUGAUGCAGAAGCCGAUAAAAGAUGAAUAGAAGUUCUUCACUUUUUUUGGUUUCCCUGUUCGUCGUUGUGGUUCUGGUCCAGCUCAUGGCGUUCCCCUGCAGCAGUUGCUCAUUUCUAAAAGAGAGAGACCCAAUGUGUAAUACUCACAGAAAGCUGUUUCUGUCUUUCUGUUUUGCCUUUAUGAAAUAGAAUAGCUUAAAUUUGAUCGACACUGACUGAUAAAGUGCAUAAGUGGUUGUCGGGAAUUCAUCCCAGUUGAAACGUAUGUUGUCAAAAUGAUGCUUUUGAUUUUUGCUGCCCUUAUUGGAAGGUUAGAAGUUUAUUAGAA